CAGAUAAAAUAUUAUGAUUGUCUUUGUUUUUUCCUCGUAUUGUCAUGGGUCAGCAUUCUGCUUCUCCUUCCAGGGAUACAAACAGAAUCCAACUGUUAGACUCGACAUGCCUGGGUUGGAGAUUCCCAAUUCAUAUGCUAAGCCUGAUCUGGGGAAACCCUUUGUUGGGAUGGCUUUUGUCUCACUUCAGUAGAGAAGUAAACCCAAGAAAAUAUGAGCAUUCAUUACCAGUCAAUUAAUGUUCUGUGGUUCUCUGCAUUCCAACAUUGUUUCUCUACAGAGACAAUAAGCACCUUUGUUUCAUAUCUAAUGAUGCAUCUGAAUGUUGACUCAUUAGCGUUUCAGGGUUUAGCAGGGCAACUGAGGGCGGAAGGGCUCUGACGCUUAGGUCAAGCAUGAAGCAACUUUAUAUGUCCAAGUGCAGCGGUGUCUGAAAGCUAAGGCAGAGAUGGUGGCAGGACUGGGGUAGUGCUGAGACUUUUGUUCCCAGGUUGCCAAUCACAUUCACUUGGUUGCCAAUGUGAAAUGGGAUUUUCAGGAUGGGACCUGAUGGACAAGCGUCUCUGAAACCAAACUUUAUAACGGGUACCAAAUGGGCCUUUGUUGGCAGUUUCAACAGAGAAGCCAAGGAUUCGAUAUUCCAGAGCACCAAACUCUUCUUCCUGGAACAAAUCCUUUCAUAUAAGGGUUGAAGCAUAUUUAUAAGGCAGUGCAGAGGAGCUCCCUGCCCACAUUUUAAGCAUUCUGCAUAAAAAUAGAGGAUUUUAAGUUAUGCCUUGAUAGGCAUGAUGCAGCUUCAUGUAGGGAUGUCCUGAAAAGAUUAGGCAAGGUAAUUUAGCUUGUCUGGGAUGCUGUGUUCAUGUGGCUGUACUGAGAUUGGUAAUAAGUAUCCAUACACACCGUUGACUUGUGUCAUGCAGACACGUCAAUCUCCAGAGCCAGGGCAGGACUUCUGAUCAAGCUUAUUAACUUUGAUGAACUAGGAUUUCACAUGAAGAUUUUAUGAAUGUUAGAAAUAGGGAGUUUCUUCAUGUGAAACAUAGCUUCCCUUCAGUAAUCUCCCUCUCCUUCUGGGACUUUACUAUCUUUAUGUGAGAGCUUUUGGUGCAAAAAAUUAGAUUAAUCUGAACCCAAUCUGAGAGUGUGAAAUAAUCCAGUGUUAUUCCAAGAAAUCUUUGGAGAUAUUUGGAACAGCUUUAAAAAUAAAAUUUGGCAAGGAAAUGUUGGUUACAUUUUCCUGUUUGUACCAGAUCUUUUUCCUAAUUUCAGGAAGUGCAACCAACAAGUAGUUCAUUUAGUUGAGUGAAUUUACUUGUUUGUACUCUUACUGUAUUUAUUAAAUAAAUUCCAUUAACUCCAGCCAUGAACUGUGUUUCUUUCAUCUAGGCCUGCAGAGCAGCAGAGGUGCUUUGGAGCACCAAACCAUGCACAAUGUCAUUUGACUUGCAUGAAAAGACUUUAGAUUGUUAUAAGUCCACGGUUUCAUGAUGAUUCCAGGGUAUUCAGCAGUUGUGAGUGUGGUAAUAAGGUUUAAGUGCCACAUAUGUUUUGAACAGUUGCUUGGCUCUGCAGCAGCUGCAUUUUAAACUAAGCCUCCCUUGAAGCUCUUGAGUUCAAAAAAUAGCUUGGUAGCUUAGCUUGUACAACAAGAUGUGAUCCUACACUUGGUCCUCCCUGGCUGCGGCCUUUUGCUUAUCUAGGGUCCCAUGAAAGUCAGCAGUGAGCACAGAGAUUCACCUCUGCAGAUGCAAUCCGUGGAACAAUUUACAAAACUGCUUUACAACUAUCCUUCUGUGAGGAGGAAAAUACGAGCAAACCUUGUAGGACUGCCACAGUAGGAGGACUAUGGUGCCCUGUGACAGUGAGGUUUCAGAGUAUAUGUUUGACAGCUGUUUUUAUCUGCCUCUGGAAAGGUAAAAGGAUAUGUUUUAAUGAUGACAAAAAAAUGACACUUUGUAAAUUAGCAUGUGUUUAUUUCGUUAUGCUUCCCUCUAUGAUGAAAUUACAGGGAUGUGUACUGGGUUUUUUCCUGUCCUUCAUCCCCUGCUCUAUACUAUCUGGCUAAGCAAUAGUUUCUUUUCUGCAUCUCUUUUCAUUGUAUUAAAAUUUUGAGGAAGGCUUCUUAAAUGCCAGCCCGAAGAUAUAUAGCUACAGUGCGUUAUUUCUUCCCUUACAAGAAAGAAAAAUCAUCAUGUCUGGUCAUCUUGGCUGGAAAAUUAGGUUAAAGCAGGAAUCUUGUCUACUGUAAAUUCAGUGCUCCAUCAGAGUUAAGCAGAAUACAUGGAGAAGAUGCAUUCAUAACAAAAAAAGAUGCUGAUAGCCUCACUAUUCUGCAGUCUCACAAUGAAUGAGGCCCUGGUACCCAAGGGAGGAUCCUUCAGGAGCCUGAAAUAGCCCAGUCAGUAGAGCAUCAGUCUCUCAGUUUGAUCAUAUAGGAUUUGAAUUCCUGGUUAGGUACAGGCUGUGGUGUUUAUUACUUGCAAGAACAACUCAAUGUAUAAUAAUAAAAUUCAGUUCAUAAUUUCCAGGAGAAAUGCUAAGGCAUCUAACAAAUCAGCUGGUACUCCAAAAACAAGUGUUAAUGCUAAAUGACUUAUAUUAAACAUCUGAUGUUCCAGCUCUUACUUCUACAAAACUCCCAGGGAAUACAAAAAUAAUCUCCUAUGUAGAAAGUGUGAGGGUUUAGCCUUUAAGAAGUUUAAUGUUAUAGCCAAAUAGAAAGAUAUAGCAUUUCAGGCAGAGGGAAACUGUGUGAACUCAAAUAUUUUAUCUUGUACUCUCAUUUAGAGUGUGGAAAUAGCAUGUUUCUAAGUUCUUGAGAUUUGGCACCUGUUUUUUUGGAAAGCAGUGAUUCUUGCUGGAUAUUUGGAUGUCUCAACUUGGACACACCCUUUUCCCUGAACAGACAUACCAUGUGUGAACUUCUUUCUCCUUUUUUUAUAGUUAGUAACAGAUGUCAGACGCUUUUCUCUAGGAAAUGCAUGACCUUUUAUACUGUUUCUUUUGCUUGAUUGGUAAUAUGUUCUCUUUCCCUUACCAAAGAUAAAGCCACUAACCCAUCUAACAGGCAAGAAGACUGGGAAUACAUCAUUGGAUUCUGUGACCAGAUCAACAAAGAACUUGAAGGGCCACAGAUAGCUGUGAGACUUCUGGCUCAUAAAAUCCAGUCACCACAGGAAUGGGAGGCAGUCCAAGCAUUGACAGUAGGUGCUGGAAGCUUGUAUGAAGAAUUGUGGGAGAAGAUUUCAUAAUGAAGUAGGGAAGUUUCGCUUUUUAAACGAGUUAAUAAAAGUUGUGUCUCCAAAGUACCUAGGAGACCGAGUCUCAGAGAAGGUGAAGACCAAAGUCAUUGAAUUGCUGUAUAGCUGGACAGUGGCAUUGCCAGAAGAGUCCAAAAUCAAGGAUGCAUACUACAUGCUGAAGCGACAAGGGAUCGUUAUGUUUGAUCCUGUGAUUCCUGCAGACAGAACCCUGAUUCCUUCUCCACCACCUCGUCCCAAAAACCCUGUGUUUGAUGAUGAGGAGAAAUCCAAGCUUCUAGCCAAACUGCUGAAAAGCAAAAACCCAGAUGAUUUACAAGAGGCCAACAAGCUUAUAAAAUCCAUGGUAAAAGAGGAUGAGGCUCGGAUUCAAAAAGUGACAAAACGCAUGCACACGCUGGAGGAAGUGAAUAACAACGUGAAGCUGCUGAAUGAGAUGUUGGUUCAUUACAGCAAAGAGGACUCAUCAGAGGCAGAUAGGGAGCUCAUGAAGGAGCUCUGUGAAAGGUGUGAAACCAAAAGACGGACAUUAUUCAAGCUGGCCAGUGAGACAGAGGAUAAUGACAGCAGUUUGGGGGAUAUCCUGCAGGCCAGUGACAAUUUAUCCCGUGUGAUAAAUUCCUAUAAAAAAAUAAUAGAGGGGCAAGUGAUCAAUGGUGAAGUGGAUCUCCCUGUGAUGUCUGUAGUGGAAGGGAGUAACUCCACAAGUAAUCUCAACACCCUCAUUGACCUUGCUGGAUUGGACGUCACUAGCACCCCGCCACCUCCAAUGCCACCUACCACCCUGACGCCAGCCCCCACAGUAGCCCCAGCCCCAGCAGAAAUCCCCAUUCUCCCGCCGCCUCCCCAGACGUUCGCACAGUUGCGGAGCAGUUCCUCUAGCCAAGUGGAAGCCGCACCCGCUCAGCAGAGCAGCACGGCUAACUCCCUCUCCUUGCUGGAUGAGGAGCUUCUGUGCUUAGGCCUGAAUGACCCAGCUCCUGCAGCAGUGAAGGAGACCUCAGAAAACAACCAAUGGAGCAUGUUUGAGAAUGACCAGUUGGACCUGGAUUUCUUUAAUCCGAAGAUGGUGACUGUUGCUUGCAACCCUGCAGGGAACCCUCUCCUCCAUCACACAUCACAGACCACAUGUGGAACAUCAGUGACACUGCCCUCUGCUUUCACAGCCUCUCAGACUGCUCCCAGCAUCCCAGCACCAAACUCGGCACCAUUUGUAUUCUCUGCUGGACCGGCUGCCCCUUCGGGGCCUCCUAAGACUAUUGCAGCUGCUCCUGGGUACUUCAGCUCGUCUGUGGGGAGCAAUAUGUCACAUAAGAUGGAUGCAUUGGGACAACUCCUUGAAGAAGCCAAAGGGACUGCCACCCAAGGCAUGGCGACACCCUCGGUGUUCCCUGGGGUUACUAUGCCAACCACUGUCACCUCUGCCCCAUUAAUAGCACCUGCAGGGCUGCCAGCCACUGCCCCUGGAGCCCCUCCAAUUUCUUUCCCAAGCAGCUGCGCUGCUGGCUCAGGAAGUCCUCUCUUCCAGCCAGCAUCAUUCCAGCAGCAAGGCAGUCCCAUGAAAGCACCUGAAAUUUCUUUGGCCAAUGUCCACGUUCCCUUGGAAUCCAUUAAACCCAGCAGUGCCCUCCCGGUGACAGCCUAUGACAAGAAUGGCUUCCGGAUCCUCUUGCACUUUGCCAGGGAGUGCCCGCCGGGAAGGUCAGAUGUGCUAGUUGUGGUAGUCUCGAUGCUGAACACGGCACCGCUUCCUGUGAAGAACAUUGUGCUGCAGGCUGCUGUGCCAAAGUCCAUGAAAGUGAAGUUACAGCCACCCUCUGGCACAGAGCUGUCUCCAUUCAAUCCCAUCCAGCCGCCUGCUGCCAUCACCCAAGUCAUGCUUCUGGCAAAUCCUACGAAGGAGAAAGUGAGGCUGAGGUACAGACUGACGUUCACACUGGGAGACCAGCCCAGCACAGAGGUUGGCGAAGUGGAUCAGUUUCCCCCGGUAGAGCAGUGGGGGAAUCUAUGACCUUAAGACACUGACAGAGACUCUGUGACAGGACCAGGAAAGGAUCCCACAGGACUGGAAUGAAUGUGACGUGGGGAGGGACACACAUGCUAUCCACUGGUGAUGUUCAGCUUUGUUUACAUGUCCUGACCACUCUGCUUGUAGCUUUAGUCCAGAAUGUUUUGCCCCACAUUGAAGGGGUCCUGGAACAUUUAUGCCAAGCAUGAACUGAGUGGCAGCCAGUAACAGGCAGUGUUGGCUACUUUUAUCUUGACCUCUGGGUGAAUCUGGUUCUAUCUUCCACUCUAUUAAACUUGAAGUUAUUGUAUUUUGAGGGGAGACCUGUCAGCAGAAGGGGAUUUGGUUGGCUCGUUCCUGUCCUGCUGUCCAGAGAUACCUACAGGCUGGUGGGGUAAUGAUGCCACCAUGAGCUUCCUCAGUGCAGAGCCCUUACACAUGCCCUCCCUCGGACUUUUCCCUCCUCAGUGCCAGACCGGAACCGCUAAGCAUGUUGAGCAAUAAUGCUGGCUCCAUGAGGGAAUGCUUAUUUUUUACACUGAAAUGGCACUUAGCUCCCUUCCUCCCCCUUUGCUGCUUCAUUCCCAAUGGCCAAUGUAAGCAGACCCUCGCCCUGUGUUAUGCGACGCUGCUGUAUCUUUAGUUAUAUUUAUUUUAUAUUGCUAGCUGCCUCCCUGUUGUAUCCAUUUUGAGCAGCUGGGACUGAGUUUUGUAUGCAAAUGGUUACACUGGUUAUUUUUCUGCCUUCAUUGCAUUCCAUAGUGUGGGGAAAAGAGGAAAUGCGUAGCGAGGAGGUGAACAGGGCUGGAAAGGAGUGGUCAGUAUUGGUGGAGGACAGCACCUGGAGCGCAGAAAUGUCUUUACAAUCACUAAUCAGGUGCCGUGACUGAAUCCAGGGAUAAGGAGAGAUGCCUCUCAUGUCCCCUCAUGCAGGCAGUAUUAUUAUUGUAGUUGAAUACUGUGUUUUACUGAGAUGAGUACAAUGACAUACAAGAUGUAAAUAAUAGAGCUAUAGGAUAUCUAAAUAGAAACAAGCAGACAAUGAAAGGAAAGAAGUCUCCACUGGGCUGUGAUGAUGCAUGUGCUGGGUUUAAUGCCGUGUUUUAUUUGUUCCCUGUAUUAAGUGGCUAAGUGCAAUUGUCCCAAGGGGGAAGGCAGUUUUGCUGGACAUCAGUGUUCUGUGCUAACAGGGGGCAGAAGAGCUGACCCCUCUAGCUACAGUCUCACAGAAACUAGAUUUAAAUCACCAAAACUGGAUUCCAGCAGUCCCGUCCUUCUCCCUCUCGAUUUCCAAUCUCAAGCGGUGCCUCAACUAGCUUUGAGACAGACUGUUUUAAAUUAAUGGGGUUUUUUUAACAUCCAUUCACAAAAGCACAGAUAGGGCAGGUCCUUGGACACUAAGCUCAGCAUUUCUAGCAGUGCUGUUGAGCAACAGCUAUUAUCAAACGAAGAGUGGGAGGAGUCAGCUAAAGCACCGAGAAAAUCAGUACACAGGAGACCCCUGCCUGUUGUAGGAAAACUCCAGAGGAGAAUGUGCUGCUGGAAUUAAUGGCGGCUGUAAAACCCAUUACUGCAAAUGCAGCUUGGAGUUAUUUGUAGUUGAAUUUUCUUUACUGUGUUGCAAAGUAAAAAUCACUAGAGGUGAAAAACUCAGUGGAUUCAAAGGCCUGAGGUCCUAAUCAGAGGCACCGGGCAGUUGUAGAAGCCCCUGAAGGUGGCAUCAAAGCUUGGCCGAGGAACUUGCUGUAAACUCCUGGUCUGAAGCUCAUGAAGACCCCAGCCUUGUCAGCUCCCUGACGUAGAAGGCAGGUGAAAGGGAUGGGUGCAUUGUUUGGAUCCUUGAAGAAUGCGGUUUUAAAUCAAUGGACUAGGAUACGGGACAAGGAGAGAAUUCUUUCUGCCUCAGACAUGUUCUUGCCAGCACUUUAGACCCAGUAGGCAUGGGGGUAGUGCUUAGGUCAUGGUAGUGUGUCCCGAGGAAGCAGGUUUCACUGCUUUAGAUGUCUACACGUGAAUCUCACUGUGACUUUGAGGAAGUCAGAAGAGCACAAGUGCUUUCUGCAGAAUGGCUUUGUUCUCAGUGUUAAUGGCAGCAUACUGCCUGCGCUGUACAGCCAAAUGGAAAGAUGCCAUAGUCUUGCUGCGUGGAAAUCCGUUGUUAAAAGCUUUGGAAAUUAAACUAUGAAUGUUCCUUGUCUGUAGGGUGAGGUUCCUGCUUCAUACCGAACAGCCGUAACUGUAUAUACAUCUCAAAUGCAUUUGUUCUGCUGCAUGUUAAAUAAAUUGUUUUCCCUA